GUGCGUCUCUUUUGUGUCGUGUGCUGCAUUUGGCGGAGCAAAAUAGAAGGGCUUCGUCGUACGUGUGUGGCUGUCGCAGCUGGCACCACACAUCGAAAUAGCCAUCAGCUCAACGACGACGUGAAACUUUUCAUCUAGCUGUCGUAGCACCAUGCCAUCCAAAUCACUGGCCGACCUUAUCAUUUCCAGGUUGCGAGUGGAGAAGAUGGAAGGUGGAGUUGUAGUGGCCGGCCGAUCGUUCCACACAGCCAGUCAGUGUCCUACACUCAUCCUGCUCUUUGCCGGCUGUUUCACAGUGGCUGGUGUAGUCCUUACGGUUUUGGUUUUCCGUCCACUGACCUACACCAAUAGCCACUACCUGCAGCACCUGACGGGUUCACAAAUUAGUGGUCCCAUUUUAGUCGUGGUCGGCCUCCUCCUUCUGGCCGUGGGAUUGGCGCUGCACAUCGUCUCGAGACGCCUGAAAUUCCCAUCAGAUCAAGCCCAGCUAGAGAGCGACGCAGCAACGGGCAUCAGCAACACCUCCUCCGCCGUCACCGUGCCAAUAACCAGACUGAAACGAUAUAGAUGCUGUUGGAAGAUUCCCUGGAGAUGGAUGAGAAAGUCGACGAAAACAAUAAGUGCCAGGAAGAAGAAGGCCGUCCAGGAGUUGCUGGCCAACAGCGAAUACGUCUGCAUGAUUGAGCGGAGUUACAGUUCCAGUAGCUAUGGCGAAAAUUACGAUGUGGCCAGCUUUCCUGGCACUUAUUGUUCGGGCAUCGAUCGAAACGUUCGAUCCAGUAGCAUCAUCGGUAGUAUCAGUAGUCCUGUACAGUUGAAGACAAGGUUGUAAAUCCCUCCAUUUCUCUAUUUACACCCCUUUUCGAAUUAUUUUGUGUGUGUCUUAUUUUGCGAAAACAAAUCACAAUAAUCUUCUUUUCUUCUUUCAAUUUUGGACAAAAAAAGCAGUUGGAGUUGAAAUAUAUUCGAAGGAAACUCUGA